GCGGGUGCUGAAGGCGCUCAGACGGACAGACUAGUGAAGGGAAGAAGUGGGCUGGCUCCUGACGCACUUUCUGCGGGUGGGAGGGGAACUAGGGACCCGAGCCCACUGGUGACGUUUUUCUCACGUGAUCUGAAGCCGACGUGUGCAGAAGUCCCUCUCCUCCAGGUACCAGAUCCCUGUUUCCGUGGAGGAAGGCAGACUUCAGACUGAGGGACAGAGAAGGCAACUGCCCUACAGCCCUGCAGGUCUUCAAGUCUGUGGUUGUGGGCACUAACCCAGACAAGAAAAGGAAAGACCUGCAGUAUCGGUGCAGGUCAGUGGGAGAGGGCUACUGCACCAGAACCCUUGGGAGUAGGAGUAACUUAAGCCAGAGCAGAAGUUGGGGAAGCCACUGCCUGCCAACCCUCCUCCAAUCCUCUUGCAGUUUCGGGAUACAUGACUGCUGUCAAGACCCUAAGGGGAUAUGGUGAUCUAUGGCUGGAAAGGCAAAGAAGGGAACAUCUCAACAUGGAAAAGCUCUACAAAGAAAAUGAAGGAAAGCCAGAGAAUGAAAGAAACCUAGAAAGUGAGGGAAAGCCAGAAGAUGAGGGAAGUACAGAAGAUGAAGGAAAGUCAGACGAGGAAGAAAAGCCGGACAUGGAGGGGAAGACAGAAUGCGAGGGAAAGCGAGAGGAUGAGGGAGAGCCAGGUGAUGAGGGACAACUGGAAGAUGAGGGAAGCCAGGAAAAGCAGGGCAAGUCCGAAGGUGAGGGCAAGCCACAAAGUGAGGGCAAGCCAGCCUCCCAGGCAAAGCCAGAGAGCCAGCCGCGGGCCGCCGAAAAGCGCCCGGCUGAAGAUUAUGUGCCCCGGAAAGCAAAAAGAAAAACCGACAGGGGGACGGACGAUUCCCCCAAGGACUCUCAGGAGGACUUACAGGAAAGGCAUCUGAGCAGUGAGGAGAUGAUGAGAGAAUGUGGAGAUGUGUCAAGGGCUCAGGAGGAGCUAAGGAAAAAACAGAAAAUGGGUGGUUUUCAUUGGAUGCAAAGAGAUGUACAGGAUCCAUUCGCCCCAAGGGGACAACGGGGUGUGAGGGGCGUGAGGGGCGGAGGUAGGGGCCAGAAAGACUUAGAAGAUGUCCCAUAUGUUUAAUGUCUUUGGCCUUUAAUUCUGAUUUCUCUGAUGGGAAUAUUGCCAGUCCUGCUUUUCCUGGCAGGCAUUUGCCGGGCUAUGUGCUUUAACCUUAAGCUGAUACUUUCCUUUAGGUGUCACUCUUGUUACCAGCAGACUUUUGACCUACCUACAGUGCUCUGUCUUUUAGUAGAGGAUUUUCACCCAUGUGCAUGGAAUAAAUGUUCAUGGUACAUUGUAAAAUAACAAUAAAAAAGAGUUUUCAGAACCAUG